AUGGAGGAGACGCCGUCGGUGCCAAAGAGCCUGCUCCGCAGGGUGUUAGGUUCUUUCCCCCGAGUCUUUGCUGCUGGAGCCGUGGCUGCCGAUUCCGAAGCCCCUGCAGAGGGUCUGAAGCUGCCUCCUUACGUCCCAGAGUCUGGAUGGGACCGCCUUCGGGAGCUCUUUGUUAAAGAUGAAAUGCAGAGAACUUCUGAAGAGCUUCAGAAUAUUUAUAAGGCAACAGUUUCAGCUGGCAUCAUUGGCUUUGCAUAUGGAGGAAUACCAGCUUUUGUUCAUGCCAAACAACGUUACAUUGAACAAAGUCAAGCAGAAUUGUAUCACAACAAUUUGGAUGCUGUGCAAUCUGCUCAUCGUGCUGCCACAAGAGGCUUCAUUCGGUAUGGCUGGCGCUGGAGUUGGAGGACUAUGAUGUUUGUGACUAUAUUCAACACAGUGAAUACUGGUCUAAACGUGUACCGAGAUAAAAAUGCCCUAAGCCAUUUUGCUGUUGCUGGAGCUGUCACAGGAAGCCUUUUCAGAAUAAACUUAGGCCUGCGUGGUCUGGUGGCUGGUGGUAUAAUUGGAGCCUUGCUGGGCACCCCUGUAGGAAGCCUCAUGAUGUUACUUCAGAAGUACUAUGGUGAGACAAUUCAAGAGAGAAAACAGAAGGAUCGAAAGAUACUUCAUGACCUCAAACUGGAGGAAUGGAAAUCCAGGCUGCACAUUACUGAGUUCCUCCCUGAAGACAUUGAAAGUAACUUACAGAAGAAUACUUCUGAGGAGGAUGCUAAGAAAAUUGAAGCUCUGCUAAAUCUUCCUAGAAAUCCUUCAUCAGUAGAUAAACAAGACAUGGACUGA